CGAACAGAAGACACUAGCGGCUGAAACACGGGGCGCAGGGGUUCACUCAGCGCUGGUUAAAGAUGGUUCUCUAAGCUUUCUUUUCUUUAAAGAACUGUGGCGAAUUUAAGGGAAUUUUCCACGGUCAAAAGAGAAACAGGAGACGUGGGCACCAAGCCUAAAUUUAUAAUACACGUAAACACGCUACAUGCCACAUGUAUGUAUAUGUGCAUAAAUAUGGAUGUGAUGGAGUGCAUACCUACCUAGACACCAUUGACUUGCCUGGCCAAAGAAUAAGGCUCAGACAUUUCGUGCCUGGGAAAUGGUGCGGUUCAACUUUAAGAAGGCUAGAAAAAUAAGAGAUGAGGCUCACGUUGCACGGAUGACAUCACUAGCUUUUGGCUGCGCGCUCCGUGUUCUCGACUGUGGGUUUUAGCCAAGGCUGCAGCGCCUAGAGGCCGAGCGAGUGACAGCGGCUUCCUCGGGCGCCCACACCCGGGCAAUGCGAUUUCUGGAGCCCCUGGGGCGCAGGCUAGGCUCUCGCUCCUCGCGGGCGUCGGCUAAGCCUGAGAGGCCCGGAAGCCUCCGCGGCUGGAGGAGGAGAUAGGGAGGGUAAGCCGAGGCACUCAGGCUCCCUACCCCCCACCCUCGCCCCAUUCACCACAGUGCGGGGAGCCGGAUCGCGGGACGCCGAGGCCGGGACGGGAUCCUCCGCACGAGGCCGAGGGACCCCGCGCCUCGUCGCCUGGGUGGGCUGCGAAGAAAAUGGUGCAAUCUGAGAGCGGCUGACCCCAGCUGGCCAGAGCAAGCGGGUGCUGGACUGCUCGGGCUCAGGUGGCGGAGAAGGGGGCGGGUUGCUUCCAGCAGCCUGGUCCUGGGUUUUCUUGGUGCCCGCAGCAUUUGAUUAGCACCUGGGCAGCUCCCACGCGGGGCUGCGGGAGGCCAGGUGAAGUAGGCAGAGGGGAUCUUGGAGGAGGCUGGGUGUACACACUCCAGGAAGAAGGCGCUGGAAAGAGCGGAAUGACGCCGAGGAGGUUGGCGGCUGGGCCGGCUGCACGCCAUCCCUGAGCGACCUGUCCAUGGUAUUGAAGGAGCUCCGAGAGCCCGGGGUGCGCCCUCCUCUGUGCAGCCCGCCCCUAGCGCUCGUCAGCUGCCGCCCAGUCUCUGCAAACCCCGGGCCGGGAAUAGUCGCCUAACGCCGCCUGGGUGUCCCCGCUGCCCAAAAGCUAGGCAGUCUGAAUGGCGAGGCCAGAGGCAGGCCACCCGGGAGCUCGCGGGGAAAGGCUGUCAGAGACCGUGCGUCCUCGGGCAGCUCACCUCUGAGAGCACGCGUGGGCCGGCAGGAGCCGAGGACCUACUGGUGAUCAGAGGACCGAGGCUUUGAAAAGACCCGGCGGGGAGAGGAAGAACAGUUUUGGGCGCGCAUCCCCGGCCUUCGGCUUCAGAUCGAAAAGGGGAGAGUCCGGGAGAACGAGAUCCAGGGCAGCCGGGUGCGGGCUCGAUCCAUUCCUUCGGCGGAGUGCCGCGUCCUCACACGCCCUCUCUAUCAUUCCCAGGAAGCCAGGACAGUCACUCCGGUCAGCACAGAGAACCCCAACAUAUCCCGCCGCGGUCGAGAGCACUUGGUAUUUAGUUUGCGGUUGUCGGGCCGCGCGCCGACUGUCCUAACCCUCUUGAGCGGUGGGAAGUAGCGGUGUUGAGUUCGCCACCGCCGGAGGAGGCUGCACCAGCCCGGAGGAUGCCCAGGACCUCGCGGGAGCCUCUCCGGAUCAGAACUUUUUAGGCUGCCCGCCCCGAUCCCCGCAGUCUCCCGGCUCCGUACCCGCAGGUGGGGGCCAAGGGGUCGUCGCGGCGCAGAUCCCUUCCAGUCCCCACCCCCAGCUCGGCCGCCCGCCGCUUUGUUCCGGGCGCGCAGAGGGAAGGCGAGGCUGCAGCGGAUCAUGCCCAUGGUGUAGCCGCCAAGCGGAGGCAUGGCUGCCGGAAGGUUACUGCUCUACACUGGGCUAUCGCUAGCGCUCUGCGCCCUCGGCAUGCUGGCUGUGGCCAUCUGCUCCGACCACUGGUACGAGACGGACGCCAGGAAGCACAGGGACAGGUGCAAGGCCUUCAACACCCGCCGGGUCGACCCCGGCUUCAUUUACAACAACAACAACAACUUGCCUCUGCGCGCGAGCCGCUCGCGCCUGGACCGCUGGGAGGGCAAACUCCUCCGGGCCCGGAAUCGCCGGCAGCUGUUCGCCAUGAGCCCGGCGGACGAGUGCAGCCGGCAGUACAACUCCACCAACAUGGGCCUCUGGAGGAAGUGCCACCGGCAGGGCUUCGACCCGGAGAUCGCCGCUCUCAUCCGGAAAGGAGAAAUUGAGAGAUGCACGUACAUCAAGUACCACUACUCCUCAGCAACCAUCCCCAGGAACCUCACAUUCAACAUCACGAAGACCAUUCGUCAGGAUGAGUGGCAUGCCCUACACCUGCGCAGAAUGACAGCUGGCUUCAUGGGUAUGGCGGUGGCCAUCAUCCUCUUCGGCUGGAUCAUCGGUGUGCUGGGCUGCUGCUGGGACCGAGGCCUUAUGCAGUAUGUGGCAGGGCUUCUCUUCCUCAUGGGAGGAACCUUCUGCAUCAUCUCACUGUGCACCUGUGUGGCUGGGAUCAACUUUGAGUUAUCACGUUACCCACGCUACCUAUAUGGACUUCCAGAUGACAUCAGCCACGGCUAUGGAUGGUCCAUGUUCUGUGCAUGGGGGGGCCUGGGCCUCACGCUAAUCUCGGGAUUCUUCUGUACCUUGGCCCCCUCUGUCCAACCUGUCCCGAGGACCAACUGCCCUAAAUCCAGACCAGAAAAUGGGACAGUGUGCUAAAAAAAACAAACAAACCCAUACAUAUAUAUAUAUAUAAAUAUAUAUAUAAUAUACAUAUAUAAAAUGAAACUCAAUCAAGAUGAUGCCAGUGCCAAGGUAGAGUUGAGUUGGCUCAGGCACCUGCAUCUCAUCAGACUUUGUGUUGCCUCAUCUCCAAGAUGGGAAAAGUGUUCCCAUCCUGUGGCUCUCUCAUCAGUUCUUGACUUUGGCUUCAUGAUUUCUUCAAGACAGAGUGAAAGCCACCACCACCUGCGGUAGCAUCUUGACCCCUGUCACUCAUAAGGAUGUGGUGGUGAACUGGAAGGGACAGAGGCAGUGGUCUGAAGCAACACAGAUACACAGAAGGAAGAGCUACACUCUAGGCCAUCAGGAAAGGCCACCACCACCCCAGCCAUCAUACCAUGGGGAGACUCAGUCCCUUGAGUUCAUAGAAUGUAACCACAUCUUCGAGGCCAUUUUCAGAACCACUUCUCUGCUCCUCCUGUUCUGAGCUCCUUCCCAGCCCACCAGCGACACACCAAGAGUGGAAGAGAAAACAGACUGAGAAGGAAGUUUUCUCUGUGUGGCCAAACCGUUGGACAAUGUCUUAGAGGUGGGAAGGGGAGAGAACAUGCUGAGAGGCAAGAUCAGCAUCAACAAAAGGACAUUUCAGUGGAUGCUCGGAAAACCCAGUCUUACCUUCCAGCUGCCUUACACCCAGUUAAACGAGAGGCCACCCUGUCCUCCCCUGCCUGCGCUCUCUGGGCAGAUCGAGCCUUCGAGCAAUGCUGUGAUAUGUGUGUGUGAGCGUGUGUGCGUGUGUGCAUGUGUGCAUAGGUUUUGGGUGGUUGCCUUUUUCUUUUCCACUCUUUGAAUGGAAAUAUCAUCUUAUUCCUCUCUCUCUCUCUCUCUCUCUCUCUCUCUCUCUCAUUAUUAUUGUUUUUGACCCAUUAUGGAGGCCUCGAGAUCUGGGAAUUAUAUUGAAGGGCAGGCCUUCAUGGGUACCAAUGCAGCAGCUGCAGAUCCCUGGAGAGAGACAAAAGUGUGUGUGUGUGUGUGUGUGUGUGUGUGUGUGUGUGUGUGUGUGCCUGCCCAUGCACUUGUGUAUAUGUAUGCACAUGUGGUGGAUAUUUCCUGAGUGUGGGGUUUUAUUGUUUGUGUUGCACUUUUUUUUUUAAUUUCUGGUACAGCUGAAAUUCCCAGAGGGCAAAACCAAGAACAAAACCACUGGGCCAGAGAACCCUGUGGUACUUCACAGCAUGGUUCUGGAACUCCGCAAGAUUUAGUCCACUAAUUUUGGAAGUUCAAGACACAGCUGGGCACAAAAGUCCUAAGAGAAGAGGGGGAACAUACAGUUCAGGAGAGAGAAGGAAUAUGGCCUCUGGUUGCUGAUGUACAAGUACAUAUACCAAACAAGACCUUCACUCCCCAUUGUGGGGGCUGUCCUUUGUCACCGGACAUCUGCUCCUUUUCUAGGGGUGAGCCCUGUACAGAUGAAAGGAAAUGGGUCACAUGCAGAGAGAGCACCUCCAUGUCCCAUGGGCUCAAGUUUGUAUGAUAUUAUGUAAAUUAAUGGAGAACUCUUGACUCUUUCCUUUCUCAUCCCUUUCCUCUUGAUCUUCAAGACCAUGAAUCCCAAAAAUAGCGAUCUCUCUUAGUGGCUAGCACCCAGACUGAGGUGGGACAAGGCCAUCCAGGUGUCUCAGGCUCGCUUGAGCAGAUUGGCACUGGGUGCCGGCAAGGGCAGAAGUCAGCCAGAGCUGUGAAUGCCACACGGCAGGAGCAGCUCAUGGUUACCUUGGGGACCCUGCUGGUGCCAACUGUCCCUGGGGAGGCAAGGAGAGAAUCCUGAGCAGGCGCAGCCAUGGUCAGCCAUGCAGAAGGGGAGCUCAGCUGCUGCAGAACAGGUCUGCUUUGGGAACUCGGCCAACCACUCAGCAGCCUUCCCUCCCCCAAAUGCUCCGCCGUAGCUCCUGUUCUCAGCCUCUUUUCCUACCGGACUGCUCACCUGCUAACAGUUUCCCUGUCCUCCCUCCAUCCUACAGGCUGCAGGGCCUGAUCGUCUCAUUGGCCUUUGACUCUCCUCUCUCUCUCUCUCUCUCUCUCU